UGAGAGGAGUGAAUGUCACAAUCCAAGGGGUAGCCUGCCCACUGACCUGCCAGAGCACAAGAGGACUCUGACACCCCUGCCAAGCUUCAUGUGGAGUGACGCCCACCUGCACCGAGGUCUGGUGACCCUGCUGACCGGUGAAAUCGCAGCCUCCUUCAGCCUUGAGUUCCGGACACUGAAUGCAACCUCUUGGCCGCUCCCACCUGCACCCCCCCAGGGACCCUCAGUCAUGAGGGGCCUGCAGCGGGGCCAUAGCCCACACUGCAUGUCCCGCCGCUGCUCUGUGGCCCCUGCAUCGCCUCCACCGCCUGACGGUCCGCUGGCCCACCACCUGGCCGCCUGUCAAGUAUCCCCUGCCGCCCCGGGGCUGACACUCAGUGACAUCCUAAGGAGCAUGCAGCACCCCCGGACCUCCAGCGGUCCCCUGGCCUGGCCCAGCCACUCCCUGUGGGACCUAAGCCGCCUGUCCCAGCUGUCUGGCUCCAGUGAUGGGGACAAUGAGGUCAAGAAGUCCUGGGGCUCCAAGGACACCCCAGCCAAGGCUCUGAUAAGGCAGCGGGCACUGGAGGAGGCCCCUGGGGGGAGACAGACUCCCGACUUCCGCUGCCAUGGCCCCAGCCCUGGGGUAGUGCCCUGCCCCUGCCCCCUACCCACCAUCUCCACUCUAUGUCCCCAGCCCAAAGGUGGCUCGGUGGGGAUGCUACACUGAAACUUUCUGAGCCCAGAGGUGUCAGGCCUUCAGACUGGGUCCCCCGGCCAGGAGUUGGGGGGCCACCCUGACCAGGAUCCCAAGCCAAAUAAUCUGCUGGCCCACCCAAGGAGCAGAGCCAGACGACUGUCAGCUCAGAGCCCCCUGCCUUGGACAAGGCUUCAGGCCUCGGUGUGAAGCAGAGGGUCGUUCUUGCCUUGUUCUGCAACUUGGGGCCAGCCGGGUGUGGCGGCACACACCUAUGAUCCCGGCAUUUCCAGAGGCUGAGGUGGGAGGGUUGCUUGAGGCCAGGAGUUGCGGACCAGCCUGGGCAACACAGUAAGACCCCAUCUCUACAAUAAAUAAAACAAAUCAGCUGGAUGUGAUGGCGCACGCCUGUAGUCCCAGCUACUCCGGAGGCUGAGGUGGGAGGGUCACUUGAGCUCAGGCGGUAGAGGCAGCAGUGAGCCAAGAUCAUGUCAUUGUGCUCCAGCCUGGGUGACACAGCAAGAGGCUGUCUCCUAAAAAAAAAAAAAAAAAAAAAGCUGGGUGAGGUGGCUCACUCCUGUUAUCCCAGCACUGAAGGCAGGUGUAUCACCUGAGGUCAGGAGUUCAAGACCAACCUGACCAACAUGGUGAAACCCCACCUCUCCUAAAUACAGAAACUAGCCAGGCGUGAUGGUGGUGCACGCCUGUAAUCCCAGAUACUUGGGAGGCCAAGACUGGAGAAUUGCUUGAACCUGGGAGGCAGAGGUUGCAGCAAGCCAAGAUCACACUAUUGCACUCCAGCCUGGGCAACAGAACAAGACUCCAUCUCAAAAAAAGGACUUGGGCAAGCCCAUUGCCUGCACCUCAGUGUCGCAGCCCAGAAAAUGGGCUGGAAAUGUCCACAAGCUGCAGAUCCUAAAAAGCACAGGCGCUGCUAAAGAGGGUCGGGCCUUCCUGAGGAGAGACCGGCUUGGGCCCUGAGCUGGAGCUGUGGCGGGAAGAUGAGGAGUUGCUGCCAAGCACACUGUGCCCAGGAGUUGUGGGGAAACUGAGGCGAGGAGCUGAAUAAUGAAGGACUGGAGGGUAGUGCAGCCACAGCCACUGGGGAAAGGGGUGGGUGGCAGGACUUUCUGUGGGUGCUGA